AUUCCUACUUCUGUCCCUGCCGAGCUGAACACACAUCAGGCGGCGGCGGCGGCGGCGGCGGCGGCGGCGGCCUCUCCUAGACGCAGAGCUGCGUCGCCGACUAGAGAAGGAGCGCCAGGCGGAUGGCCAGCAAAGAAGAUGGACGAUUAAGGUGCCUGCCCCACCAAGGGGGCCUUGCCAUUCUUCCCAGGCGCCCAGCAAAGGAGCUCCAGGGGUCAGCCAAGGAUGGGGCCGCUUGCCCUUCUGUUGCUGCUGCCACCACUGCUUGUGUGCCUGGGUCAGGGCAUGGCAAUGCCAGGCACUCUGGACUUGCAGGUUGAUGAGGAGAUGCCCACAGGCACCAUCAUUGGGGACAUCAGUGCAGGUCUACCCACUGGCACCACCAGCUAUAUGUACUUCAUUUCUGCCCAGGAGGGCAGUGGCGUCACCACAGACCUUGACAUUGACGAGAACACGGGCAUCAUCAAGACAGCAGGCAUGCUGGACCGUGAGAGCCGUGACCACUACAGCUUCAUUGCUGUCACCCCAGAUGGCGCCACAGUGGAAGUCAACAUCCAGGUCAACGACAUCAAUGACCACGCCCCCACCUUCCCCAAGCAGCGGGCGUCCCUCCUCAUCCCAGAGCACACUCUGCCCGGCAGCCGCUUCCCUCUGGACCCUGCCUUUGAUGCAGACAGUGGCCUGCUCAGCACCCAGGGCUAUGCAAUCAAGGGGGGGAACAUGGGCCAGGCUUUCCAGCUGGAGACGCGCCGUGGGCCCAACGGGGUCUUGCACCCAGAGCUGGUUGUGGGCAGCAUCCUAGACCGGGAGGCCCGGUCCACCUUCACCUUGCUUCUUGAGGCCUAUGAUGGCGGAUCCCCGCCAAGGAGCUCCCAAAUGACUUUGGACGUGUCUGUCCAAGACAUCAAUGAUAACGCACCAGCCUUCAACCAGAGCCGCUACCACACCCUCAUCCCGGAGAACCUGCUCCCGGGCAGCAGCAUUCUGCAGGUCUUCGCCUGGGAUGCCGAUGAGGGAGACAACGGGGCGGUGGUGUAUGAGAUCAAUCGCCGGCAGAGCGACCCGGAGCAGUUCUUCACCAUUGAUGCGUCCACCGGAAUAAUCAAACUCAACAAGGGGCUGGACUAUGAACUGCGGAAGGUGCACGAACUGGUGGUGCAGGCCCGGGACAGGGCCGUGCACCCUGAAGUUUCCACGGCCUUUGUUACAAUCCAGGUCCGGGAUUACAAUGACAACCAGCCCACCAUGACCAUUAUCUUCCUCAGCGAAGAUGGCUCCCCUCGCAUCUCCGAAGGGGCUCAGCCUGGCCAAUUUGUUGCCCGCAUUUCUGUAUCAGACCCUGACUAUGGAGAAUACGCCAAUGUCAAUGUCUCCUUGGAGGGGGGGGAAGGGAAAUUUGCUCUCACGACCAAAGACAACAUCAUCUACUUGAUCUGUGUGGACCGAAUGCUGGACCGCGAAGAACGGGAUUCUUAUGAGCUGCGAGUGACAGCUACAGAUGCUGGAACUCCCCCCCUGCGCGCCGAGUCAGCUUUUGUGCUCCAGGUGAUGGAUAUCAAUGACAACCCCCCUCUCUUUGAUGCUCAGGAGUAUGAGCAGAGCGUCCCUGAAGUGGUUUACCCGGGCAGCUUUGUCUUGCAAGUGACAGCUCGUGACAAAGACCAAGGACCCAACGGGGAGAUUUGUUACAGCAUCCUGCACAGCCACCACACCUAUUCCCACUGGUUUGCCAUUGAUCCAACCUCUGGCAUCGUUACUACAGCUUCUGCUCUGGAUUAUGAGACUGACCCGCAGCCUCAGCUGACUGUGCUUGCCACAGACCGCGGCAAGCCCCCCCUCUCCUCCACCACCGUGGUUCUUGUCACCCUGCAGGAUGUCAAUGACAACGAGCCUGUCUUUGAAAGCAACUUCUACAAUAUUUCCUUGAAGGAGAAUGUGUCCCCUGGCACCUGCUUCCUCCAGAUCACAGCCACCGAUGGUGACAGCGGCUCCUUUGGCAGGGUCUCCUAUGCCCUGGGCACUGGGCUUGGCAGCCUGGUGCCCUCUGCGUUCCUUCUUGGGGAAGAGACUGGCCAGCUCUGCACCGCACAAGGCCUGGACCGGGAUGAGGGAACCUCCGCCUAUGACUUCACGGUCACAGCUGUUGAUGGGGGUGGGCUGAGCUCCACGGCCUACGUGAAAGUCUUUUUGGAAGACGUCAAUGAUAAUGCCCCAGCGUUCUACCCCCUGGAAUACGCUGCCAGCAUCAGCACUCAGAGCCAGCCCGGUUCUGCCGUUCUGCGAGUCACUGCCCAUGACAAGGACGAGGGACUGCAUGGGCGGGUGACCUACCGCAUUGCCAGUGGCAACAUGCCAGCUGUUUUUGCCAUCAACCCUGAUACUGGGGUCAUCUCGUUGUGGAGGCCGCUAACUGGCAAGGCCAACCUAUUGGUGCAACUGGAGGUUGAGGCUCAUGAUGGAGGUGGGCUGGCAGCCCAGCCAACUGCUCAGGUCAACAUCAGCAUCGUGGCAGGCACUGUUUCCCCUCCCAGCUUUGAGCGGGCCCAGUAUUACUUCACAGUCCCGGAGGAUACUCGGCCGGGCAGCAGCGUUGGAUCCAUCCAUGCCCGCAACGCCCCAGGUCAGACUGAUGGUGUGUUUUACUCCAUUUCCGCGGGGGACCCCCAGGGCCACUUCUCCAUUGACCCCAGCUCAGGACAGCUGCACACCAACCUGGCUCUGGACCAUGAAGCACAGUCUGUUCUGAGCCUGGAGGUUCAGGCCCGCAGCGGUUCCCCGCCUGCUUACAGCAGUGCCCGGGUGCAGAUCAGCGUGUCUGACGUCAACGACAACCCCCCCCGCUUCCCCUCGUCCUCGGACUCAGUGUCACUGCCAGAGGGGGCGGCCCUGGGUACCGCUGUAUAUACGGUGCAGGCUGAGGACCCUGACGGUGGAGCCAACGGACAAGUGCACUUUGAACUGAUAUCCCAUGGAACGGCAGCCUUCGCCGUGGAACAUUUGUCAGGGAAGGUGCGGCUGAUGGGGGCUCUUCAGCGGGAGAGCCUCAGCCCUUACAAGCUGGUCAUUUUGGCCCAAGAUGGUGGGACCCCGCGGCUCAGUGCCACGUUCACCCUCCUGGUCCACGUGCAGUCUGAAGACCAGCUUGGACCCCUCUUUGACACCCUCACCUACCGAGUGGAAGUGCGCGAGGGAGUGCCAGUAGGCACCCAUUUUCUGCAAGUGAGGGCCCUGGCCCAGGAGCACAGCACCCUCCUUGCCUACCAUCUGCGUGCAGAUGGCGAUGCUACCAGCUUUGGUAUUGCACCUGAAACGGGGUGGCUACACGUGCGCCGCACUCUUGAUCGGGAAGUGCAAGAGCUGUAUGUGCUGACCGUCCUGGCUGUAGCGGGAGAGGGUGAGGGGCGCCAGACAGGGACCAGCACAAUCCGGGUCACUGUCACAGACGAGAAUGACAACAGUCCUCGUCUGAGCGAGGAACGCUAUUUCUUCACAGUGGUGGAGAACCGGCCUGCUGGCAGCAGCAUAGGUCAGGUGACAGCCACUGACUGGGACGCUGGGCCAAACAGCCGCCUGACCUACCGCCUGGUGCCGCACGAAGGCCAUUUCCUCAUCCACACCCAGACUGGAGAGUUGAGCAUUCGGAAGAGCCUCGACCGGGAGCAGCAAAGCAGCUACCAGUUGCAAGUCCUGGUUCAAGAUGGGGGGACGCCACCCCGCAGCACCACAGGCACCAUCUACAUCACCGUGCUGGAUGAGAACGACAAUGCGCCUGCCUUUCUGCAUGUGGCUGAGGGGCGUGAGCUUCUCCUGCAGGUUCUGGAAGAUCAGCCAGCGGGGUUGCUGGUGGCUCCAUUGCAGGCCAAGGACCCAGAUAAGGGUGAGAAUGGAACUGUCUUCUACACGCUGUCAGGUGCCUGGGCAGAACACUUCUCCCUUCACGGGGCUACGGGGGAGCUGCGCACAGCUACCCCACUGCGGCAGGUUGUCCAGGGAGAAUAUCUGCUCACCAUUACAGCCAGCGAUCGAGGCACCAUUCCGCAGAGCACAGCUGCUACACUGCGCAUUCAGGUACAGGCCUGGCCUUCUGGGGAGCCUGUGGCCAUCCCCAGCAGCCAGCCCGAGGGGACCGAGGUUCGGGGCUGCUACCACCUCCCCUGAAUGCUCUCCCCCCCCCUCCCUCCACAGGUGGUGCCUUCUGGCCAUGCCCUCCCCCGCCCUGAAACGACAGUGCUGACCUUCUAUGCCAUGGAGGGCCUGCCGCCCGGCUCCAGCAUCGGCUCGGUGGCUCCCCCUGAACCACCCCCUCGUGGACAAGUAACCUAUGUGCUGGUGGGGGGCAGCAGUGGGGAUGGGGUCUUUGUCGUGGAUGCCAACACGGGUGAGAUCCACCUGGUGCAGGAUCUGGACUAUGAAGCCGGGGCACGGCAUACCCUGCACGUGAGCGUGGAGGACUCCCUGCAUGGCUACCCCAGCCAGCGCCUGCUCUUGGUUGAGAUCCACGUCCAGGACAGCAACGACCACGGCCCCAUCUGGCCCCAGGAUCCCAUCACGGUGGUGGUGUCGGAGAGUGCCACGCUGGGCCUCGCCCUCUUCACCUUCCAGGCACUGGAUGGUGAUGGCCCCGGUCCCAACAGUCAGCUGUGCUACAGCCUCCUGCGGCAGGACACCCUGCGCCCCAUCUUCCAGCUGGACGGCCACACGGGGGAGCUGAGCCUGCAGGCCCCACUGGACCGGGAGGCCCAGUCUGCCUUCCUGCUGGCUGUCCUGGCCACAGACCAGGCCCACAAUGUCAGCCAGCGCCACUCAGCGGCCGUGACAGCUCACAUCUUCAUCGUGGACGAGAAUGACAACGCUCCUGAGUUCCUUUCUCCACCGAGAGUUGAUGUCCCCGAGGAUCAGCCCACGGGCUUUCUGGUGCUCCGAGUGGUGGCAAGAGACCGGGACAUGGGCGAGAAUGGGCGAGUCAGCUACUCCUUGCGAGCAGGGAGCCCCGACGGCCGAUUCCAUCUCAGCCCCAGCACAGGGGCAUUGUCCAUUGUACGGGCCCUGGACCGGGAAGAAAUGUCUCAGCAUAACUUGACGGUGGUGGCCACAGACCACGGGUCACCCCGGCGUACCACCACACAGCUCCUAUUGGUGCAGGUGCUGGAUGUGAAUGACGAAACGCCAACCUUCGAGAAAAGCAUAUAUGAAGGGCAGGUGGCUGAAAACCUCUCACCUGGUGCACCAGUGUUGCAACUACAUGCCACUGACCACGACCUCGGGACCAAUGGGCAGGUGACUUAUGGGGGCAUUGCUGGGGAUGACUUCACUAUUGACCCUCACACGGGCCUGAUCAGCACUCUGCGCCCCUUGGAUCAUGAGGAGCGAGCCGAACACCUGCUGACAGUGUAUGCGCAGGAUGGGGGCCUGCCCCCCCGCCAAGCCAAGGCAACCGUGCGUGUCCUCGUGGUGGAUGAGAAUGACCACGCCCCGGUCUUUCAAAGUGGUGCUUGCUCCUUGGAGGUGCCGGAGAACCAGAGUCAUCAGAAGCUGGUCACUCUGCGCGCCACAGACCAUGAUGCGGGGGAAAAUGGGCGCCUCUCUUACUCACUGGCAGCUGGAGACCCUGAGGAGGACUUUGCUCUGGACCCCUUAACUGGCCAGAUGUCCACUGAGCGAGGGCUGGACCGGGAACGGAGAGCCACCUAUGUGCUGACAGCCCAGGCCUGCGACAAUGGCUUGCCCGCCCGCUGUGACAGCCUGGCAAUUCAAGUGCAAGUGCUGGACCUGAAUGACAAUGCUCCCCGCUUUAUGCAGGAAGCCUAUGCUGUGGAAGUGCCCGAGGACCUGCCCGUGGGAGCUCUGGUGCUGCAGCUCAAAGCCCAAGAUCCAGAUGAAGGCAGUAAUGGCCACAUUUCCUAUUUCCUGGCAAAUGAGUCACUGGGAACCUUCCAGGUGGAGCCGCAGACAGGCCGCCUGUACAGCACCCAGCCUCUGGACCGGGAACGCCAGGCUACCUACUCCUUCCUGGGUCUAGCCAUUGAUUCUUCCCCUUUAGCCCCCCAGAGUGCCUCAGCGGCCAUCACAGUAACUGUCCAGGAUGUCAACGACCACGUCCCUGCCUUCCCCCUCAGCCCGCUUGCCGUCACCCUGCCCCGCCACACCCCGCCCAAGAGAGUAGUGGCCACAUUGCAUGCCGAGGACCAUGAUGCUGGGGCCAAUGCCUCCAUCCUGUACCGUUUUGCCACCCCUACCCCAGCCUUUGCCAUCAACACGUAUACUGGGGCCAUCCAGCUGCUGCAGCCUCUGGGGAGCCUCAGCCAGCGCCAACGCACCCUGUUUGUGCUGGCCAGUGACCUGGGACAGCCCCCUCUCUCCUCCAUUGGUGUGGUGGUCAUUCACCUGCAGGACGAAGGCUACCGGGGAGUGCACUUUCCACGCAGCACCAGCGACGUGGCCCUUCCUGAGAAUGCCACCCCAGGCACCCUGGUGCUGAGCAUCCCGGCCAGGCACACCACGGGGUCCUCCGGCCAGAUCACCUACAGCAUUGUCAGCGGCAACGAGAAGGGCGCCUUCCGGAUCCAGCCCGACUCAGGGGUGAUCUUGGUCUCCAACCCUGACAGCCUGGACUUUGAGCUGCAGCCCCGCUUGCGCCUGGUGCUGCAAGCCGAGUCCCCCGCAUCCUUCAGCUUCAUGGCCAUCACCGUCAACCUGCAGGACGUGAACGACAACCAGCCGCGUUUCCAGCUGCAGAACUAUGUGGCUUUUGUCGGGGAGGCCCAGGGCUAUGACCUGCCCGUCAUCCAGGUUGUGGCCAAUGAUUUGGAUCAGGGCCCCAAUGGCCAGGUGAUCUACAGGAUCAACCAGACGCAGCCCAUGGAUGGGCUGUACCGCAUCAAUGCCCAGACAGGCGCCAUCACCACAGCAGCCAUCCUGGACAGGGAGAUCUGGGCCCAGACAUGGCUGGUGCUGACUGCAACGGACAGAGGACACCCUCCCCUGGUGGGCUCAGCCACGCUCACAGUGGUGGUGAUGGAUCUCAAUGACAACAGUCCCACCAUCCCUGCACCGUGGGAGGUGCGGGUGGCAGAAAAUACCUUGCUAGGCACCGAGAUCACCAUGGUGACCGGCAACGACGUGGACUGUGGGCCGCAGCUCCUCUACACACUCUUCCUGGACAGCAGCACCACGGGGACCUUCAGCAUCCUACCCUAUGGGGGCCGCAUUAUGCUGACGGAGCCCCUGGACUUCGAGCAGCGCAGCCACUAUACCCUCACGGUGCGCACCUCCGACUCCCAGCACGAGACAGAGGCCAACCUGACAGUGCUUGUGGAGGACGUGAACGACAAUGCCCCCACCUUUGCCCAGGCCCUCUACCAGGUGCUCAUCCCAGAACAAACCCCCGCUGGCACUCCCAUCUUGACUGUCAGUGCCACAGACCUGGACUCAGGCACCAAUGGGGAGGUCCUCUAUCAACUGCUUACACCAACUGAUGUCGUUGCCAUCCACGCAAGCAAUGGAACCUUGUUUACCACCCAGCAUCUGAUGCUGGAGCUGGGGUGUCCCACACUGGAUAUUGUGGUGGAAGCUUGUGAUAAGGGCUUCCCCAGCCUCUCAGCCUGGGCCUCUGUGCAGAUCCAAGUCCUGGACGUGAAUGACCACGGGCCUCAGUUCUUGAAGCCCCAGUACAAUGCCUCUGUGACAGAGGACCUGCGUCCAGGAACGAUCCUGCUAACCCUGGAAGCUACAGACGCUGAUGUGACUCGGGACAAUGCAGCCCUGGACUACACUAUUGUGAGUGGGAACAGUGGCCAUGCUUUCCAGCUGGAGGGCCAUGUUGGUGGGGCCAGUGCCUUGGUCCUGAUUGAGCCACUUGACUUUGAGGCUGUGGCCGUCUACAACCUAACCGUGGCGGUGGCUGACCGAGGAGUGCCACAGCAUAGUGCAAUAGUGCCUGUUGUUCUUACUGUGCUGGACGUCAACGAUAAUCCACCAGUCUUUGGGCGCUCUGCUUACCACAUGGCUGUGAGCGAGAGCACCAUGCCUGGGACGGAGCUGCUGCGCGUGGCGGCCCAUGACCCCGACUUGGGCACUCACGGGCAAGUGCACUACAGCAUCAGCUCAGGUGACCCCGGCGGGCUCUUCCAGCUGCAUCCAUCCUCUGGGGCACUUCACCUAGUCAAGGCUCUGGACUGUGAGAAGCGGACCCGGCAUACCCUGGUGGUCCAGGCCUCAGACGGAGCAGGUGGACAUUUUGCACUAGCGUCUGUGGCUGUGGAGGUGAAGGAUGUGAAUGACAACCUUCCCUACUUUCCGAUAGAAGUGCUGAGCACCAGCCUGAGGGAAAACCUACCUCCAGGAAGUCUGGUUACCACUGUCCGUGCUAUUGACCCUGAUGUUGGGGUCUUUGGGGAACUGCAUUACACCCUUCUGCAGGCAGAGGACUGGGGUGCCUUUGACAUCAACAGCAGCUCCGGGGAGCUACAUUCCCGCUUGCCUUUUGACUACGAGCGCACCAAGGCUUUCCACCUGGUGGUGCAGGCCAUGGAUACUGGCAACAGCUCUGCGACAGUCACAGUGCAUGUCUUGAUCACUGGUGAAGAUGAAUAUGACCCUGUCUUCCUUAGCUCAAGCUUCCACUUUGAGGUUCCUGAGGGGGCACGUCGGGGUCAGAGUAUCGGGCACGUGACUGCCACAGAUGAGGACGAGGGCCCAGACGGAGUGGUGCUCUACACCCUGGCCAAGCCAUCCCCUUUCUUUGAGAUCAACCAAACAAGUGGUCUUCUGUACCUGCAGAUGGACAGCCAGGCGCCCUCAGGGGCCCCUACCAGACCGGAACCACGGCAGAUGGUCCUGGAAGUACAAGCCCGCAGCCCCCUGCGUGCCUCUCGCUCAGCCUGCACUCAGGUCACCAUCGAUGUUACACAUACUGCCUUUGGCCUGGUGCCUGACCUCAACUGGCUGCUGGUGAUUGCAGUGGCUGCCUCGCUUGGCGUGGUAGUGGUCCUGGCUGCUGUGGCCAUUGUGCUUGCCCUCCUCCGAUCACAGCAUGGCCAUGGCCACAAGGAGGCUGAUUUGGCACACAUGCAGAGUGGCUCCCUGCAGAAAUUGGGCCAUGCUGAACCAGCCCUCCCUGGGGGGGACUGUCUGUACCAUGAGGCACUGCCUGGCUAUGGCACAGAUUCUGGAGGGCCCUACACCACAAGAGGGGGAUCGCUGGACCCAUCCCACUCAAGUGGACGAGGCUCAGCCGAAGCUGCCGAGGAUGAUGAGAUCCGCAUGAUCAACGAAUGUCCCCGCAUGUCCAGCGUCACCUCUUCCCUGCAGGAGCAUCUUGUGGCCCGUGGGCCCGAUUCCGGCAUCCAGACAGAUGCUGACCGCCUUUCUGACAUCUCCUGUGAGCCGACCACACUCGAUGCCACACACUGGUUCAAAAAUAGAAAGGGGCCAAGCCUGCUGCUUCCUGGACAGCCCCCACAGCUCUACCAAGAUGAUGGGAACAGCAGCGGGGCCUACCUGGGCGCAGGCUGCGGCCUCAGUGUCCCCUCUAACAAGGACUACGCUUUUCCUGAGGAUGGGAAGCCCUGCGUGGACGGCUCCCUGACGGCCAUUGUGGCGAGCGACGAGGAGCUGCGCGGCAGCUACAACUGGGAUUAUCUCCUCAACUGGUGUCCUCAGUUCCAGCCACUGGCCAGUGUGUUCACAGAGAUUGCCCGCCUCAAGGACGAGAGCUCCCUGCGCAAGCCCUUCCCUGCCAAACCCAAACCCCGCAUUGACCCCCCUCCUCUCAUCACGUCAGUGGCUCAUCCCGGAGCAAAGUCAGUGCCCCCCAAGCCGGCAGUCGGCCGUGCUUUCCCCCACUUGUCCUCCCUCCGGCGGUCCCCCAUCAGCCAUGAGGGCUCCCUCUCCUCAGCUGCCAUGUCCCCCAGCUUCUCCCCCUCCCUCUCCCCCCUGGCUGCCCGCUCGCCCGUGGUUUUGCCCUUCGGGGUCUCCCAGGGGCCAUCCGCCUCAUCCGCCAUAAGCAUCGAGCGCCCCUUGGAGGCCCCUGAAGAGGCCGAGCUCCGCAUUUAGGCCCACCCCAGGACUCUCCCUCGCCACAAGCUGGAUGCAUGAGCGUGGUCAGCCACCCCCAGUGGAGGAUGUGGGCCUUGUCUCAGCUGGCCCUGCCCUAUGUGGAGGGCAUGCCCCUCAUUGGCGCCUAAAGAGGGGAAACUGCCUCUCUGUGUGGGAGGCGGAAGGGAGCUGCCGACCAGGGGGACCGUUCAUGUGGGCGUGUCUGGAAAUGGGGUCUGCCUGCAAGAGCACACGCAAACUAGACAGCCACUCCCCUUGUGGCACACGGAUGUCCGGCCUGGACCAGGGGGAGGCAGGUCACACUGACCCUGCUACUCUCCCACCCCGCAUCUCUGGGACUUUGAGCCUCCCCCCAUUGGAGGCAGCAUCAGAGAGCAAGACACUGCCCCAUCCCGCAGCUGUCCAGACCCCAAAGCACCCCCGUGCCCAAUUCAGAAAGCUCUGCAGGCCCUCAGGUCAGUGCUGCUGAAGGGCAGCCCAGUGCCCUGCCUCCCUAACCCUGCAGGCAGCACGCAAUAACUCUUUCCCAAACGGGGGGAGCGGGAGGGAUAAAUGGUACUGAUCAGACAUAGAGCAAUAAUAAAGCCCCCAGCUGCCCCCGCCCCAUAUGAGUGGAAGUAAGCCUAGGUUACUUGAGAAGGUUGAGGCAACCCCUUCAGAUGCAGACCGGAAGUGCUCUCUUGAAUGGUCUCCCUCCCAACUCAAGGGCCUUGCCCAUAGAAAACUAGCAUAUCAGGAGCAACAGUUCAGCUCUCUGCAGCUACUCUUAUGGCACCUGCUGUGCUACUAGAUUCCUGCGCCAGGCGGGCUGGAGCAGGGGAUCGCCAAGAUUUCUUCCACGCCUUACAUUCUAACCCUGUGCUCUGGUGCGUUGCUGGCUUUCAAGUGCACAGGGUUUUCAGGUGACAAAGGAGCAAAUUCGAUGCAAAGAAGGGUCCAAUGCGAAGCACG